AUGGGUAUAGUAAAGGAGAAAUCAACUGAAGAAAAAGGAAAUGAUUGGAUUCAAGAAUUUGUAACCGAUAUUUACGUUGGUAAAAUCGCCAUUAUCGAUUUCGCAGUUUCGCUGAAAGUACUUGUUGGCAAAUAUGGUUGCAGCGAUGAACAAUAUCGAACUCUUGCAAGAGCUUUAUUGCGAGUGGCUACUGUAUCAACCAUUCCUCAUCGAAAUUUCUUGCACUAUCUGGAAAGUCUUGUUAUUUCUGAGGUCUUAAGAUGGGCUGAUUUAUUGGAAAUUAUUGCUGAGUUUCGUCAUUUUCAAAGAUUUGCUUGUGUUGAAGCUUUGGCGGAUAUUCUUUGCAGUUACGCGCAAUUUAUAAGAUGUUCUUACACGUCAGAGAAUGAAUGUGUGGAUCUAGCAGUUUCAGUAAUGUCGCUUUUAAAUUGGUGUUUGUUGGCUUUGGAGUACUCUUUGAAAUCUUCUAACGAAACGGCCACUCAAGCACUUAUUAAUUGUGUUUGCACUUAUGCUGAUAACAAAUUUGUCCGAGCAUUAUUAUAUUUAAAUGAACGUAUUGGUGGUGAAAGCGUGAAUUAUGUUGUUGAUGCAGCGAUUUCAUUUGCUCACAGUUAUUCUUCUUGUGAUCAUUUGAAAGUAAUGGUUGAGAGUCUUCGGCAGAUUGGUAAUCUGCCAAUUGAGAAAAUACGCGAUAAUGUCAGCGGAGUGAUAAAACAGCCACAUCCAGCCAUUCUUACGCUUGUUUCGGUUUUCGAAGGAUUUCGGAUGACGAAAAAAGUCGACCAAAUGGCUAAUUCUUUUUUUGAAAUGGCUCAAAUUCUUGAAUUUCCUUUUUCCUGCAUGUUUGAGGAUAUGAUUCGUGGCUCUCUCCUUAUAAUGCUCGAUGCAAAAGAAACUCUUUGCGAGGAAUUAGCUGCUUCACAGGCUUUUUUCUACGUAAAAUUGCCACAGAUAAUCAAACAUCUGCUUACUUUAGGUGUUCCUCACAACGAUCUAAUUUCAGCACUUUCUGUUAUCUGCAACAGCAAAACGCUUUUAAAUCAAGUUGAUAUGAAAACUAAAACUAAUUCAUUUCAAUAUUUGCUUCAACAACUUGCUUCUGUUGGCCUUUUGGAUAAAGAUAUGGUCGAUAAAUUGCGUGAAAAAAGGUCAAGGUCAAUGAAGAUGUCAAAUCCGGAGCUGCACACAAUGUUUACAAAAAUGACGUCGCAAGUUCAUGAACCGCUUAUUUUACGGGCGAAUAACGCGAGGAUAGCUGUUGAUAAGAUGUUGCGUCAGAAUACCGCAGUGAAUAAUGUUCUCCUAAAGUUGGCUGGAGGGAGUGGUGGAUUAUUUACUUUUGACUCAGUUUGUGCAUCGUUUUGUUCUGACGGAAAUUUGACAUAUUUUAGUUCGAAAUUAACGAUAAUUAACGCGCAGCAUGAACGAUAUGUGGAAGGAAUGAUGGAUGACGGUCGUCAGAGAGCUUUAGCAUUCAAUUUAUCAUUUAUCCUUCUUAGUCGAAUGCGGUUCAUAUACAGUGAUAUUCGUCCUCAUGAAUUGGUAAAUGGCCCUAAUCGAGGAUUGAGUAGCACACAAUCAUGCUUUUAUAAAUUUGCGACGUUGUAUGGCUGGACUGCCGUAGAUUGCUGCGGCGCGACUGGCGCUUUGUUCAAAAUGACAGAUAUGCAAAGGCAGCAAGUUUUUGAAAAAGUUGAACAACUGAAAAAUGAUCAUAUCUACUGGGACCCUCAGACGAUAAAUUAUGCUGAACUUGUAGACAAUGUACCUUACAUUGGUGAAAUACUUUUAGAAGAUUUUAAAAUUAGCAAGAGCGAAAAUCUCAACGAUAAUAUUAAGAAGGUGUUUCAUGCCUUUCGUGAUGAAGCUAACUUCAUGAUAGUUUGUUUGGUACAGUGGAUUUGUUCGCAGCCAGUGACAGAAGCUCGUCAACGUCUCGUGCAAUCAUUUAUUCAUGCUUUGGAAUAUCCAUUGCCCAUGAAUUCAGCACAGCAAGAAAGGAUGGCUAUGACUUCAGCCGUAUGUCGGCGUACUCUUGAUGAUCUUCUUAUGUGUGAUCGCCUACGAGAACCUAGAUUUACUUGGAUUGUUAAUUGUGCUAAGCGUAAAUUGCCCACUGUUCCAUAUACUCUUCCUGCUGCUAAUGCUCAGUCGUCAGAUGCUGAGAUCCUGAAACAAGCCUUUACAUAUGCCAGGCAACAGUCGUGGGCAUCACCAAAUGUACUUCAACUUAUUAAUCGGUGCAAUAAAGCUGGUGUAGUAGAAAAUUGGUGUAUGGUUUGGUUGAAUUCAAUGCUUAAGCUAUCAACUAAUGAUGAAAUGAUAUCGGCUGGUGAACUUUGUCUUGCUGCUGGGUUAAUGUCUCCCGUUCCUUGUAUGCUUAGUUUUGCACGCACAAUCACUGAUUACAUUUUGGAACAAAACGUUGAAUUUGGUUGUGUUGAACCAAAAGCUUUGGUAUCAGCCAGAUUCCUUGUUCACUGUUUGCAGUUGGCAAUGCUUGCCUAUUGGCGUCAGCAGAAGGAAAAGCAAAACAGAUUUGCAAUAGAUGAACCUGAACGGAAGCGUAUCAAAGCGGAAGAUGAAGAUGAUGAUGAAAAAAUGAAUCCUGUUGAGCAGUCAGUUCAAGUAAUUUUUGAGAAAUUUCUCCGCGAAACGAAAGCUGGUCAUUUAAAGAGCACCAUAACCUUCGUGUUUCAUUUCAUGGUCUGUUUGGCUAGUGCUCCAUCUAGUGCAGCCACGAAACGAAUAAAUCAGAUGAUUCCUCAUGACUUGAUGAUUAAUCUGGCCAGGUUAGAUCCGCAAACUUUCAAUCUUGAUUUGUAUCUGCCCCUUUCUGAUCUAACGAUUGUAGAAAGAGCGAAACAAGCACUAAAAUUUACAUGCUUGUUGCGCAGACUCGGAGGAAUCUAA